AUGUCUCGCCUCAUCGCGUGGCGAAGACUUACCGAGUAUGCUGAUGUGAGGUACGUCGAACCUGGUUUAUGCUUUGGUACCCGCGAAAAGAUAGUUCCAGAGGUCAAUCUCAGUUUUGGCAGCGAUGGUCCUGUUAAUGACGGCUUGGUAGCUCCGUAUGAGCCACGCCCUCCGCAUCUUGCCUCGUCCUUCAAAUCGAAUAACGUGAAGCUCGAGUGGGAUCUGUUGGUGGAUUCUCAGUUGUUGAUGACGAGUAAUGAAGCAAAGACGGAAGCGACGGAUCCGAGGCGAAAUAACAGUAAAGAGCUGUUCACAGUCAUGGCUGACACGCUGUAUUAUGUUGCCAGAAUUUCAGGACCUCGUUUACAUCGUCCCAAUCCUGGGCAGGCAACGUUGAGAUCGACUGUCGUAUACUAUACAGAAGGUAGAAGGCUGAUUAAUCAGCGGCUACGAGAACGGCGCAUCGUCCUUGGGCGGGAAUACUGA